AAAGAGGACCAGGGACUAGAGAGUGAAAAGAACUGAAGGGAAGAGCCCCCCACCUAGCCCUGCUCCCCCAGGCUCCCAGAAAUCUCAGGGCAGAAGGCACAAACAGCCUCUGGAGCUCUUGCCUGGUGGGACCAUGAACUGGCAGCGGCUGUGGCUGGGCUUCCUACUCCCCAUGACAGUCUCGUGCUGGGCCCUGGGGCCUGGAGAGGAGGCAGCAGUGGAUUACUUGUUGCAAUACGGGUACCUACAGAAGCCUCUAGAAGGACCUGAUGACUUCAGGCCAGAAGAUAUCAUAGAGGCUCUGAGAUAUGUUCCCAGGCCCUUGAAAAGUCACAGUACCUGCGGCGCCUGAUGGAUGAAAUUGCCCCAGAGCAGGCUGGGCUGGGAGGGACAGGUCCAGCCAGGAGGGAAGAAAGCAAAGGGAGGACAGGCCCUCAGGUGGGAGCAGUGGUGGGAGAGUCUCCAGAGCAGGAGGCAGGACACUUACCUAGAUCAGGAGGAGGUUAGAAAUUGCAGUAGAGGAAGAAGGCAACGCCAGAUGGCACUUUACCCAAAUAAGAGCAUGAACACAGGAGGUGAAGCUGAGUAUUGCCUUUAUGCAGAACAGAAGAGGAAGUCCCAAUUACGAGGACUGGAUCCUGGAGUGAUCUCAUCAGCUUCAGAGAUUUUGGGCCAUUCUCAGCCACCACCUUGGGCAGCGGGGGGCCAAAGAGCUAUCCCCAGUUCUUAGUCAUUCCACAUGCCACUGCCCUGCUGGACCCACCCCUCUCCCUCUUUCUAGAGCUUUUCAGGAAGCAUCUGAGCUGCCAGUCUCAGGUCAGCUAGAUGAUGCCACGAGGGCCCGUAUGAGGCAGCCCCGUUGUGGUCUGGAGGACCCCUUCAACCAGAAGACCCUUAAAUACCUGCUGCUGGGCCGCUGGAGAAAGAAGCACCUGACCUUCCGCAUCUUGAACCUGCCCUCCACCCUCCCAUCCUACACAGCCCGGGCAGCCCUGUUUCAAGCCUUCCAGUACUGGAGCAAUGUGGCUCCCUUGACCUUCCGGGAGGUGAAGGCUGGCUGGGCUGAUAUCCGCCUCUCCUUCCAUGGCCGCCAAAGCCCAUACUGCUCCAAUACCUUUGAUGGGCCUGGGCGGGUCCUGGCCCAUGCCGACAUCCCAGAGCUGGGCAGUGUGCACUUUGAUGAAGAUGAGCUCUGGACUGAGGAGACCUACCGGGGGGUGAACCUGCGCAUCAUUGCAGCCCACGAACUGGGCCAUGCCCUGGGGCUUGGGCACUCCCGAUACACCCAGGCCCUCAUGGCCCCUGUCUAUGCUGGCUACCGGCCCCACUUCAAGCUGCACCCGGAUGAUGUGGCUGGGAUCCAGGCUCUCUAUGGCAAGAAAAGCCCAGAGACAGAGGAUGAGGAAGAAGAGAUGGAGCUCCCCACUGUACCCCAAGUGCCCACAGAACCCAGUCCCAUGCCAGACCCCUGCAGUGGUGAACUGGAUGCCAUGAUGCUGGGGCCCCGAGGGAAGACCUACGCUUUCAAGGGAAACUACGUGUGGACCGUGACAGAUUCAGGGCUGGGUCCCUUGUUCCAAGUGUCUGCCCUUUGGGAGGGGCUCCCAGGAAACCUGGAUGCUGCUGUCUACUCUCCUCGGACGCAAUGGAUUCACUUCUUUAAGGGAGACAAGGUGUGGCGUUACGUUAAUUUCAAGAUGUCUCCUGGCUUCCCCAAGAAGCUGAAUAGGGUAGAACCCAACCUGGAUGCUGCUCUCUAUUGGCCUCUCAACAAAAAGGUGUUCCUCUUUAAGGGCUCCGGUUACUGGCAGUGGGACGAGCUGGCCCAAACUGAUUUCAGCCGCUACCCCAAACCAACCAAGGGGUUGUUUACAGGAGUGCCAGACCAGCCCUCAGGUGCCAUGAGUUGGCGGGAUGGCCGCGUCUACUUCUUUAAGGGCAAACAGUACUGGCGCCUCAAUCGGCAGCUUCGAGUAGAGAAAGGCUAUCCCAGAGAUAUCGCCCACAACUUGAUGCACUGUCGUCCCCAGACCCCAGACGCCACACCAUCAGAUGGGGACACCACUUCCUCAGCCACAGGAACAACCUUGGAAACCACUUCCUUGGCCAUAGAUAUCACUUUGCACACUGACCGCUCAGCCGGAGAUACGAUCUUGGACAUUACCCCCUUAGCCACAGCCUCCACCGCCCUUUUAUUCCCUGGUAACGUCACCCACCCAGAAAUCUAAGACCUCAAUCAAACGUCUGCUGCAGCACGAGCACGAACCAUGGACCUCAUGCCUCUAAAUGUCCCAGCUCCAGCCACCACUCCCCUGUAUUCUUUCCCUCCUGGUCAGUGACUCUCUAACUCAGCCCCCAACUCCAUCCAUUUCUUCCCCAUCCUAGAUAGCACUUCCAACUGUGUCAUCUACUCUCUGGAGGACAUUGGUAGAGGAAAGGCAGCCAUCAGGCCUUUAGCUGACAGGAGGCCACAACUGGGAAAGCCUGGGUCCUGUUCUUCCUAGAUAAAGUGCAAGAAAACAGCAUAGCCAGUAAAAUGAGCAAUGGCUUUGUAAUCCUUGAGAAUCACAUUUACUUGCUUAUGACUUUGGGCAAGUUAAUUAACCUCGUUAAGCCUUGGAUUUCCCAUCUGCAAAAUAAGGUUAAUACUAAUCCUGCAGGGUUGUUGCAUUAAAUGAAAUACUAUAUGUGAAGUGCCUGGCACAUUUGUGCUUAAUAAAGGUUAACUUCACGUUCAUGA